AUGGUCGGUGGGGGGGUCGGCGAGUGCGACAGCGGUGAAAAUGGCGGGAAGGCCUACGACGGGUGGGGGCAAGGCGCUGCUCUCCCGCCUUUGGAAACAGUCGGACCACUGUGUGGAGAUUCUGCAGAGCAGGACCGGCGACGGGGACGAGAACGAGAUUCAAGAGAAUUCUUCUCCGCGCACAGGGAAGACUUGUCAUCAGAAGAAGUAGCAAUGUUGGAGGACUGGAGUUGUCCAAAGUGCAGAGGCAUCUGCAGUUGUAGUGUCUGCAUGAAGAAAAGAGGCCACCGACCCACUGGUAUACUGGUGCACACAGCAAAAGAAAAUGGUUUUUCCUCUGUUUCAGAGCUGCAUCAUGUUAAAGGUCAUGAAAGUUUUGGUAGUGACAACAAUGUGAAAGCUGUGGAUGCUAGUUCAGGGAAGCUUGCUGCUUCAAACAAUGUUCUUGAUCUGAAGGAAGGGGAGCCUGAACAUAUCCUUCUAGAAUUAAUACAUGGGGGACAUGGUGCCAAGCUCUUCAACUGUAACUUCAAAACACGGCAAGAAUUCUUGGCUGCAUGUUCUACAGAGUUAUGUCUCCAGACCCCAUUUUGCGUUGAAAAGACUGAAGCUGGAAGGGUUUGGCUGGGAAGCUGAUGAUUAUAAUAGUUUAGACUCCUCAAAAAGACAUAGGCUCUUGACUUUUCUAUGUGAUGAAAUUCUUCCCACCAA